GGGGAGCAGGCGUCCCCUCCGUUGCGCUUUCUGCGGGCGGGAGCGUGGCCUCCGUGGGAUUCGGAGAAGAGACCCUGUAGCUUUACGCAUGAAAACCUCGGCCCCCCGCACCCCGAGAGCGCACGUUUCGCGACAGUGUCGCCACGCCUCCACUUGCCAAACCCUUAAGUCGUAAGGCCGCGGACAGAGUCCAGCAAAACCCUGGCCGGCGGUCUCCGGCGACGGCUGACAGUCUGCCCCCAAACCCCAGCUCUGAGCGAGCUCCCGACCCGACCCCGAGCUCGCGCGGAGGUGGGAGGGCCGUGACGUCACAACCAGGCUUCUUGGCCCAGGACAAGGACCCUGAUUGUGAUUGGAUAAUGCGGAUGAAGGCGGUGAUGGGGAAGAAGGGCGGGAACAAAUCCCAGAGACAAAGAAAGAAGGCCUUUGGUGUGUGCGGGACCUGCAGCCCCGGGUCGGGGGGCUCUGGGGUGUACAGCUGGGAAUGCAGUCCAUCGCGCUCCGGGUCAACCUGCUUGAACCUCCACAAACCUUGUGAGGACUGGCCCCGCAGCAUCCUAAAGACCAGCACCACCAUCCUGAUGCAGAAAUCCCUCAGCGCUGAGAAGAAAAAGGCCCAGCGGUGGGAUGAAAUGAACAUCCUGGCCACCUACCACCCCGCUGACAAGGAUUACGGGUUUAUGAAGGUGGAUGAGCCCAGCACCCCCUACCACAGGCUGCAGGACAGUGAUGAGGACAUGCCUGGGGCGGUCUCUCACACAGUGACUCCCCAGGCGCUGGCCGAAAGGUUUGCAACAAUGGACAAUUUCUACCCCAAGGUCCUGCGGUACCAUAAUAACAGAAGCUCAGAGUCUUCAGACAUCUUUUCCAAGACACACUCCAGUGAUUUUGACAAGCACCGAAAGUCACACUACGAUGAGGGAAAGUUCCUCAUGGCUCAGAAAAGCCUUCCCUUCAGUAAGAACAAGCCCUGCCAUGGGGCUCGCUCCAGUCUGGGCAGCGGCGUUCGGGUCACGGAGCGCAGGCCUGUGGAGAGAGGCCGGAUGGGAGGACUGACUGGAGAAGUCCAAGAUGAGAUUGGUCUGGUGACCAGGAACCAUGUCCCAGAAGUCAAGGGGGACACCUGUGGAUCCCUGGAUGCCCCAGGCAACCGGAAGACUCAGCGUGAUUGGGAUGACUCCUCAGAUCCCCCUACCUUCAGAAACCUGUCCCUGCCUUCAGCCACCGUCGUGUGGGACCAGGACAUUGAUCAGCAGCGCAAGGAGUAUUAUAGCAAGGGAAGGUAUCUCAGAUGCUCUCCCCACCCAGAGCUUGAGGAGGACACAGAAGACGAGCCCGAGCAGCGGGACAGCUCCGCACAUUUUAACUGGGUGAUUGAGAGUCCCACAGGCACUGAGGUCCGUCUACUGGAGCAUACAGGAAGCCCCGUUCAGGAUCCCCAGGCCUCCGAAGAGUCCCUGGCAGGGACAUCGCAGCCUGGGGCUGCCCUGUCCUCCAAAGACAGAGCAGAGUCAGGCUGGUGUCAGUGGGUGAUAUCCAAGGGGCUCAACUGGUGAAGCCCAGAAAGCUUGGAGAAGGAACUUGGAAGCAGCCCACACUCUCCAGUGCAGAUACGAAACCCUGCGGAUUCGAUGGACACAGGAAGAGGAAAGCAGACAAU